AUGGCAAAGUGUCGCUUCACUGUGGUUUUGGUAAUAAUCAUGAUUGCAGCUUCCUCUUUGGGUUCCUCGCUGGGACGGCAGCAGCUCCCUUCAAGAACUAACCUAAGUAAAAUCUUAGAAUAUGAAUUAACUACUUCAAGGUACAGUUCUCAAGAGUCUGGGGAUGGAGACGGUAGACACGUAAGUGCUGAUGAUAGUAAUGUUUAUGGAGAAGGUAGGUCCUUAAGUGAUGGUGCCAAGUCUGUUGAUGAAGAUCUUUAUGUGAAUGGCAAUGGAAACAAAUCUGGAGAAGGCGGCACUGCUACUGUAGUUGAUGGAGAACCCAUUGGAGAAGGUGCCUACUCAGUAUCAGAUGGAGAAAGUGUCUACAUGAGUAAAGGCGAUGGAAAGUCUAAUGGAAAAGAUGGUAGAGACGAGUCUGAUAGAGAGGCUGUAGACGUAAGUGUCAGCGGCCACAGUUCCAUGGAAGGUGGUUACCUAAGAUUGAGCAACCUCAGUUCUGAUGGAGAAAGCGAUCAUGGUGUUAUCAUUCAUACCGGAAUUGAAGAAGGGGGCAACGCUAAUGAGGAGGAAAAUAUCAAAGAAAAUCGCCAGGUAUCUCACCGACAAGCGUUCAAGAGGCACUCAAAGGAGGCCAUUUUAAAUGCUCAAAGCUCAGGUGCUUCUACAGUAGAUUCAAUUGUGAAUAUGGUGCUUCGCCAAGUCAAUGGUUCACAAGAGUCGACAUUUUCGAAUGAGAGAGAUUAUUCCACAGAGUUCCUUGAUGAUGAUUCUUCCUAUGGCCUUGGCAAACUUCCAUUAUACAAUGUAACCGAAUUUGUUAAUGUAAUACUGAAGCCUGACAAUGUUAGCAGUGACGUUGAUACAGACGAGUUGCAGCCAACAACCCUGUUUUACGCAGCAACAUCAGCCCAGAGCACUGCCCCAGCACCCACCACUGUUGCCACCAUUGCAAAGAAACGGCCGGACCAGACUCGCAGGUCAUCCUCUUUAUCCGAGACCUGUGAAGCGGAGUGGGCGUCCAAGACCCCCUUGGAACACCACGCCGAAGAAGAUCGUGUCAUCGACGUGGCAGUCAUCGUGCCGUGCAACGCCUCCCACCAGUACUCGAGAGUGAAAGUGCUUCCGGUUGUCGAGCUGGCCGUGAGGCAUGUCAGAGAAACGGGACUUCGAGGUCCCUUGGCCAACUACACCAUUAAUGUCCGAUACAGAGACUCCAAGACGUCGUCUACUGAUGGACCAUUGGCUGCAGUCGACCUCUAUUUCAAUAAAGCUGCAGAUGUGUUUUUGGGUCCGGUAGAUGACUACGUUCUGGCUCCCGUUGCCAGGUUCUCUGGCAGGUGGAAUGUCCCUCUUCUCACUCCUGGAGGCCAACCUUCCGCCUUCGAUUCGAGGAAGGACUAUCCACUCCUGACAAGGCUCAAGGGAUUUUAUACUGAGGUGGGACAACUCUUUUCCUCAGUGGUCAAGCACUGGGGCUGGAAGGUCUUGGGCAUCAUAUACGAGGAGAACGACCAUGACAAGGGCCACUCCGUCUGCUACUUCACCCUCGCCUCCAUCUACAAGACCUUCGACAACAAACCCCACUUCGAGAAGUUCAGUCGGAGUACCACCCGCUUCGAUGACCUCCUCAUUCGCUUCCAAGACAAGGCCAGGAUCCUGGUCGUGUGCGCUUCCCCAGAGAACGUGAGGAGGCUGAUGCUGGCUGCCGCCGGCCUGAAUAUGGUCACCUCGGGGGAUUACGCCUUUUUCAACAUCGAAAUCUUUAGCGGAACAUCAGCGAACAACAAGCCGUGGUACAACGCUUCCGACACGAACGAAAUCAACGAAAUCGCCAAGAAGGCCUAUGAGGCCGUCCUCACCGUCACGGCCAGGACUCCAUCUGGCGACCAAUUCAAGAACUUCUCAACUCAUGUGAAGCAGAUCGCCGAGAAGGAAUUUGGCUACCGAUAUGACGAAGAGAGCGUCAAUCCCUACGUGGCGGGGUUCUUCGAGGGCGUGCUCGUGUAUGCUGCCGCCCUUAACUCGACGCUGAGAGACGGAGGAUCCAUGAAGAACGGGAAGGACAUCAUCAAACACUUGUGGAACAGGACGUUUGAUGCAAAUGUGGUUCCACCCUGGUUCACUGGGAGCAUCUCGAUCGACGCCGAGGAGAAGAAAGGCUGA